AUGAAAGAAAAAGGACUCAAAUCGUUGUAUGCAUCAAAAUCAAUUGUUGGAAGAAAUUGGGGAAUUAACCCGGAGAAAAUGGCAUACAUUUAUCAACAAAUAGUUCUCCCGAGAAUUACAUAUGGAAGUCUCUCCUUCUGGAAACAGGCAAACAAAGUUUCAUAUGCAAAAUCACUUAAUAAAGUUCAUAGACUAGCACUGCUGAAUAUAACUGGAGCAACAAAAUCUACACCAACAGAUGCAAUCAGUGCAGCAUUAAAUCUUCCACCUAUCAACUUAAAAAUAAAAGAAAGGGCUUUAAGAACAUGCAUUAAAUUAAAAGGCAACAAAGAUUGGAUCGACACUGCAUUAUCUUCAGGACAUGCUUCAAUUUCCAAUAUUAUUAUAAAAGAAAAUUUUGAUGUGAACACUGACAGGUCUUCGUUCUGGAACAAUACAAAUAAAAGCUAUGAAGUAAUCAUUCCAAGCAGAAAUGAUUGGACAGAAAACUAUCCAUCGAGCUUUGGAGAUAUUAUUUGGUAUACAGAUGGUUCAAAGAAAAAUAAUAAAACAGGAAUAGGAGCAUGUUGCGAGGCAUUAAAAUCAAAAUUUAAUCUAAGACUUAGUGAUAAUACCACUAUAAUGCAGGCAGAAACUCUUGGCAUUCAAUUUGCCGCUACAGAUUCAAUUCUUAAAAAUAUAACGAAUAAGAGAAUAAUCAUUAACUGAACAAUCUUUAAAGCUCACAAACUCAUAUUAGCGGCAUGCUCAAAAAAUUUCGCUGAUUUAUUUGAAUCGCCAUCAUUGGCAACAGGCUCAGUGUGCGUGAUUCUCGAAGCAACCUCGGCCGAAAAUAUGGCAGCAUUGCUUGAGUUCAUGUACAAGGGUGAAGUUCAUGUUUCACAAAAAGCUUUGGAAAGCUUUCUGAAAGCUGCCGAAAGCUUACAGGUGAAAGGCUUAACAACUGAACAUGGUCGAUGCACGACAAAUUCGACUUUCCCUCAUGAGAAUUCAUCUGUUGAGCUGCCACCACGUCGCCAGCGUAAUAGUUUCGCUAAUCUCGAUCCAAUCACAAAAAGUGGAAUUAAACGUGAAACGGAUCUGAUUAUGCAGAGCGCUGUUCAGACAUUUCCCCACAAUUACUUGCACCCUCAACCGUACAUGCCCAGUCCCUACGAGCCGGCCCGAAAACGUCACAUGAAGAAUCCGUAUACGAAUCUUGAUCAACAGGAAACACGUGGAAGUGUGUUGAGAGAUGGAUCAAAGACAAGCACGGGAAGUCCGAGUCCUGUAGGAAAGUCAGGUUAUCGACCGGCAAGUAGUGGAUCAUCAGUGGCACCAACGGAAGCUGAUACAAUGCAAACGGAACGCGAUUCACCCCAACAGUCUAACAGAUACGAGAAUCAUAGUCCAAGUACGACUCAAGGCAAUGGAACUUCAUCAACAUCGGAACGAGACGAGCGCAACGGAACGGAGAAGCCAUCGGAUUUGAACAUAAAAAAUGAAGUAACAGCUACACGCAGCCCUUCAAAAGCGAUUGCAAAACUAAUUGAAAACAUGUCGUUCCAGACUGGUGCUGAAGAUUUACGAAUGAAGAUGGAAAUGAGACAAUUGCAAUCACCGCUCGCAUCAUCCGCUCCGCCCACGCCAACUGCACCUGUGGUGCCAUAUGGAAGCAAUAAAGGAAUUCCCGUAGGCUUAGAAGGUACGAUCGCACCCGCCGAUAUGCUCAAUGUCUUAAGUGCUCAUAGAGAAAGUGUAAAUACGGCUGAUGGCAAGAAACUUCAGUGUCCCCUAUGUGAUCGACAAUAUGGCUACGAGACCAACUUAAGAGCUCAUAUUCGUCAACGUCAUCAAGGAAUUCGUGUACCAUGUCCAUUCUGUUCGAGAACAUUCACACGUAAUAACACUGUACGUCGUCACAUAGCACGCGAGCAUAAGCAUCAGGAAAUUGUUGCGCCAUUUCAAAGUUAAGUUGCUUUUUAAAUGAAACACAUGAAAAAAAUUAACAUCAAAAGAAUUACGCUCAAACGGGGCGCAAAAAAAAGAAAACUAUUUUUUAUUUGACUAAUUAAAAUUUUGUACAUGAAAAAAGAUUUUCUCUCAAAAACAUGCAGACAGGAAAACAAAAUAUGAUUAAAACAUUCAAUGGAAAAGUUUUCUUUAUUCGUUCAUGGACUAGGAACUACAAAUUUUAAUUAAUUUUUCUUAUUCCUUUAAACUCUCCACCACCCCCACACACAAUUCAAAUCAGUUGUUAAUUAAAAGCAGGAUAAAAUGUAAUAGAAAAGAGACAAAAAGUUAUAAAGUUGAUUGUUUUCACUGAAACUAUAAGACAACCAAGUAAACCGAAGACGAGAAAAGUCUUCACUGCAACAUUUAUGCCGAAGAAAUGGAACUUUUUUCUACUCUUACUUUUAAAUGAAUCACCACAAGUGUCAUUAUCAAUAACCGUAAAAUUACAAUACAACUUUUUGCGUAUAAAUCAUAUGAUUGCUUUCAAGAAAUCAAAAUAAAUAAAGAGGCAAACAUAAAGUUGAGUAACUGAUUUCCUAUUUAAAGCUAAGUACUAAAGCUCUCUGGAAACUCUUUUAUUCAAUUGAUUUCACAGUAUAAAAAAAUAGAAGAAUAAACCGCUUAUCAAGUUGCAAGAACGUGUAAAAAACUGUUUUUGCUUCAACAUAUUUCAAUCAAUUAGCUAAAAAGCCACAAAUGGCAUGACGAAACCGAUUAUCAAAAGAAAAUAAAUAAACGUAAAAAGAAAACACAUGAAUCCUUCAUAAUUAACACAAAUGUACCUGCCGAAUGAAAAUAAUAAUUUAUUGGACAUUUUCAAUUAACUCACUCACGCAAACUUCUUCCGCGUUUCUCAUCAAAGCGAGCUGGUGUCGAGAACUCUAUCAGAUGAGAGCAACGCUAGUUAUCACGUGUAAAGCUUAAUUGGAAACUCCGACCGAUGGUUCUUUUUUGCAUUAACGACUAACGUCGAUUAAAACAUAAAAAAUACACAUGACGAUGUACAAAUUACAAAAAGAAAAAUGCAUUAUUGAACUAUGAAAUAUAUUUUACAAGAAAAUAAAAAAGAAACAAAAAUAAAGUAUCUAAAAUAAUUUAAAUGAUGAUGAAAAAAGAAAAUAGUAUGAAACUUGGGUGCCUAUGAUUAUUAUAUCAAAUACAAUUGUAAUACAUAAGUUGUUAUCGAUCUCAAUGCUGCAUUAAAGGAAAUAGAAAAGAAAAAUCCGCUAUUAAUUUAACUGUCUUGAAAGAAUAUCAAGUCAACGAAAUUAUCCAUGAAUACUUAAAAAGAAAAAUUUUCCAUUAACGUUUAAAUCAAUUUGAGAGAAAAUCUUUGACUUCAAUGUGCAUUAACGAGUUUUCAAAUGAAACAAUAUCGAAAUCUUAAACGAAAGAAGUUAAAAGAAGAAAUCUUGAACACGAGAAACAAUAAAAGGCUGCGUUUUAAUGACGCAAUUGAAUCAGCAAAUCUAGUUGAAAAAAGUUACCGUUAUACACGUUUAUUUUUAAUCAUUUUUUUAAAAUAAUUCUACUAAGAGAAAAAAAGGAUGAUGCAAAUUAUUAUUUUUCAUUUUUAUUAAAUUACUAUUAAACAUAAGAAAUGAUUUGAGUGGGAAAACAUUUUCAUGUUGAGAUGAUGUGAAAUGAAAAAUGAUUAAAGAUUCUUUGAGAUUUUUUGAUGAUGGUGAUAUGAAUAUAAAAGCUGAAAUGUUUUCCAUGUAAACACUCAAUGAUUUUGGUGAAUAAUUGGAAUGCGCAAAUGUAAUAAGGAUAAAGAUCAAUUACCCAGUUUAAUUCUGUGAUCAAUAGUGAAUUUUAUUUUUUUAUGUUUUAUGAUUGAAAUAAUUGUGAAACAUUUUUUCUUUCUGUUUUUGUGUUCCUUAAUUCAAGUUGAUGCAAUUUUCAAUUGACGAUGUAUGACAUUGUCGUGAAAUUUAAAGAAACUUCAUCAACUUUUCAUCGAGGAUAAAGAAGCAUUCUUUGACCGUUCUUAAUGAAUUUCUUUUUCCUUAAAACAACUUCAAUUUGAUUAUUGACAUUAACAUAAUAGAGUAAAUUAAUAGUAGCAAAUAAAUAAAAUGAAAAAUAAUAAUUAAAGAAUGUGAAGAAAAUAAAUUUAUAAUUUGUUAACUAAAUGAUUAAUAAGAGAAGGGAGAAAGUGAAGAUGAAAAAAAUUUUGAAUUGAUGAAAUUAUAUGAUAGAAUUUAUAUUUAACGAAUUGAUGAAAUGAAAAUAUUAUCACAUCUGAUUUUUGGUUUAUGAAAGGUUUUCUGAACAGUUGAAGAAGUUGCAGACGGUGAAAUGAUUUGGGACAAAUAUUUUGAUCCGCUUGUUCGAUGAGUCUGAAUUAUAUAUUAAACUAAAGUGUAUCAAAAGUCCUAAAUUUAUAUAACCACUCACUUAUCUUUCUGUCAGAUUUCUCUUUCCUAACAAUGAUAUUUAUUUCAAUUUAGUUACCUUGCAAAGAUCACACAAAAUAAUUCAAAACUGUAAUUCUUUUAUAAUUUCUAAGGACAUCCUACAACGCCCCCGUUAAACAUGAUAUACCUCGUUUUUGUUGAAUUAAUUUAUGAAAAUAAUAGACUUUUAAGUUGGUCAAAAUAUCAUAAACACAUUGAAAAGAUAUGUAAACUCGAUUCGAGUCAAAUCAAUGAUUUAUGAUUGUGCACACAUGUUGUGUGCAUUCAGCAUUUAUGUUUCCUUUCAAAGCCAAUGUUUUUAAAAAUAAUAACAAAUGAGACUACUACAAUAGAACUGUUGAUAUGUUUUAUACACACAGAAAUCAAACUACCUCCAUAUUAAUAUUUUUCUUGUAAUAUCUAACAAAAAAUUGGAAGUUACAAGUGAAAACUUCAAAAAAAGUGAAAUAGGAAAAAAACACAAAAAAUUACAAAUUACAAAAAAGCAAAACAAAAAAUCGUUUGAAAUCAUAAAAAGGUUCUUUUCGAUCAUGAUUUUCAAAGCACAAAGUUAUCAUUUCAAAGCUACAAGUGAAUCCAAAAUUGUCAUAUGAUUUUUAUUAAUCAAGAAAAAGCAAAACGUCUUUUCAAAACAAAAGUUUGUACAUGUGAACUUUGAACGACUUUCGACUCGACAUAAAAUGCCCUUUCAUGAAAAUAAAAUAAAAUAAAAUGUUUCGGCGUUUAAGAAUAAAAAACAAAAGAAACACUUUUGACAAUUUAAUUUUCAACUCUUUCAACUGGCCACCCUUCAAAGCUACAUCUUUCUUCAAAAUCAAAUACAAUGAAUGCAUGAAAAUUCUCGUUUGGGUAAAAUGAUUUCGGAAAACGUACAUCAAAUAAGAAAAGAAAGAAAAACUUAUUUUCGGACAUCAAAAUUUUUAAGGUCAACUUAAUAAAAUUCUCUUUGGAAUAAAAUGGCCAGCAAAUGGUAAAUUUUGAAAAUGCUGAGCAUGUCAAAAUUCAAGAAAAAAAAAUGAAAAGUCAAAAUAGAUCAACAAGUUGAUGGACUUUUUCGCAUAAAAAAAUGUGUGGACUACCAAAAACAAGUGUUUCGGUCAAAAACAUUAAUUAAAUUGAUUUUUGAGAAAGAAGAGCACUAUAAACACAAAACUCUGAAAAUAUAAGCAUAAAAUAUGAAUUUUUCGAUGAUGGUGAAUAAAAUAAAAAUAAAAAUGGUUUUCUUAGAAGCCAACAUAAAAUUAUGAUUAAAAAAAGAUGUUUAGAUUACAAAAUAAACUAAAAAAAUUUGUUUUGAUGUAAAUAAACUUAAAGAUGAGAAAUCACACAAUUACACAAGCGUACUAAACUUAAGGGUUGAAGGAGAUAAAAAAACAUUUUUUUUGCAUAAAAUCACAAAAAGAAGAAGAGAAAUUGAAACUUUUUUUUGAAGACAAAGCAAAAGAAGCUAUAUGAUAGCUUGUAAAAUUUUGAUCGUGAAAGAGAAAAAAAAACAAAAAAAGGUUUUUAACUUAAGGCAUAACGUGUAGUUUAGCUGUUUCGUACAGAUUAAGGUCAAAGUUUAUAGUUUUUCCUUCAUUUUCUAUUUCCUUAUUUUCGUAAAAAAAUGGAAAAAAUAAUAUAAUAAAAAUAUAAAAUACAUUAUUUCUUUUUCUCUAUUUCCUUUUCUUUUCCUUGAUAGUCCAUGGAAAAUGGUGACAAUUUUCAAAGUUGAAAACCAAAAUUAAUUAUGACUGUAAAUAAGUUUCUACCAGGGGCGCUGCCAUUCAAAAAAGUCUCACUGAUAAAAAGAGAAAACUUUAUAACAAUUACAAAACAGAAGUUUUAAAGUAGUUAGGAUCAUUAUUUCUAUGUUCUUAAAUCAUUAAAUACAAUAACCGUUUAGGCAUAAAAUGAUGUUUAGGCCAAGGAAUAUUUUGUUUUCAAAGUUUUCAAAAGAUUAAAGCUUUUACUGUAUACUUUCAUAAAGCUCGAUCAUCGAAAGCACUGAAAACAAAAUAAUUAAAAAGCAAAACAAAGAUGAAUAUACGAUUUAUUAAAAAAAAUGCAAUAUGAAUUUAAUUAGUUUAAUGGCAAAAUUUCAUGUAUAAAAUCCAUUUAGGAAAUAAAUUUUCUAAAAGAAAAAGAAAAACUCCUGCAACAAUAACGAAGCAAAAUCUUCUAGGCAAAAAGAAAAAAAAAUGAUAAAAGUAUCUUUCGAUGUAUACAAUACAAUUGUCACCAUUUUUUAUCUCACCUUAUGUUCCGUAAAAUGUGAAAAAUUAAGCAAAUUUCCUUACCUUACAAAUAAUACAUAUGAGAGAAAAAAAUUAAAAAGAGUUUGGGACAAUUUUGAACUUUUCGGGCAAUCAUAAAUUUAUAAUUUUAUUUCUAAUUCUGCUAAGACUUUCAAUCCAUAAGUAAAAAGCUAACAAACACCAGUUGCAAAGUUGUUUUCAAAAUAAAACCAGCAAAUUCCUAUUAACAAUCAUUUAAUGAGACCCAAGCGCAAUUGACAGUUUCGGAAAGGUAAACAAAAGUCAAAAAGUUAUGAAAUGUUGAUCUUGAUUAGGUUGCAUGGAAAUGUGUGAGGCUUUAAUUAUAUUUCUAAACUAAGGAGGCUUGAAUUAUAUCAGGAAAACAAAUUGAAGCUGAAAACAUUGCCAUUUAAAAUUCAAUUAGAAACAAUGCAUCUGUUCAAGUUUUAGUCAUUUCAGUCUUUUUGUCUUACUUCCGACGUUUCAUUCUUUACACUUUAAUUUCCUUUUAACAACAUUUUUGAUUCUAACUUUUUAACUAGUCACAUGUGCAACACACUCAGGUACAAUUUCAAGAUGUAAAUUUUAAAAUAAGUUUCUUAAUUAAAGGAGAGAAAAUCGUUUGAUAAUUUUUUAAAUAUUAUUAUUUGGAAAUAGCUUCAUACCUUCGCUGUGAAGUUAAAACUUUUGAAAGAAACUUUGAAGUGUGAUGCAAAUUUCGUUGUCUUGUUUAUUUAAUUGAUUUUCUGUUAUUUUUUUCUUCAUUUCUGAAUAUCAACAAACACGAUGGAGCUUUUGAAUAAUCAAAAAUACUCCAAACAAUGCAAUAGAUUUAAACAACAAACUAAUACAUCAAUCAAAUUUGAUUUCAUGUCGAAAAGGAUGAAGUUGAAUCGAAUGAACCCUUUUACAGUCUUCGAUAAUUCAGUAUAAAUUGAAAGCAAAAUAAAGAAACAAGAAGAAUAACAAUAACAACGCCACGCAUUUAAUAUAUACAAACUAAUCAGUGUCCUUCUUACAAUAGAUUACAUAAUCAGAAACUUUUAAAGUUAUUAAUUUUGUUUACGCAAAUGCGAGACAAUAGCUGGAAAAAGGAAUAAAUAAUAUCUUGAAGACUUUUGUAAAUAAAGAUGUUUUUUUUUUCACAAUUGAAAACAGAUAUAAUUAAAAAAAAUAGAAAUAGAUCUGAAAAACUAUAGAAACGAGUGACAAGAAUAUAUUUUAAAAUUUAUUAAAUGUGGUUUGAAGUAAUCAGAAAGCAAAUGAUAUUAAUAAUUGAUUUAUCAUCACAUUGCAUAAAUUAAAUUCGCAGCUUGACGUUUGAUUAUCUUUUUUUAUCACAUUUAAUAAAAUUUAUAAUAAUCUUGUCAAAAUCAGAAAACAACAAACUCACAUUAAAAUUUGUAAGAAGCAAAUUGAAAACAAUCUUCCAAUAACAUGAGAUCAAGCAAUAUUGUACAAUAGCUGAGUCAAAAUUCAACUUUUAUUUUCAAAAUUAUUCACAUACUACCAUUCAAAGUCUUAACUGAAGUGAGAAGAUGAUAAUGAAAAUCGUUGUACGAUUAGAGAAAUCACAAAUCAAUGCGCUUAUCAAUUUCCUUCAAAACAUAACCUUUCAUAUACAGUGAAUUUAUUUCCUUUUUUCAUAUACUUAGAUAUAUGUUGAUGGCAAAAAUAUAUGUUGAUGUAUAAUCUAACAUUUUCUUUUGGUUAAAAAUAAUCACACUCAGGUUUAAGAACUUUAAGGUAGCAAAUUAAAAAACAACUUUAGCACACUUACCACAUAUAUUUGGCAUAAAUAAGAUUUUAUUUGAUUUAUUCAACAUUAGCUGUUGUACAAGAGCUUAUAAAAAUAUUAAAGUUAAAUUGCAAGUUAUUUUCUUCUGAAUUAUGGCUAAUAAAACGUUUUUCAAAAAAAUAAUAAUACAUAAGAUAUCUAAGCCUAGCAAUUCGAUUCAUGAAUGGAAUUAUUUUUUCAUCAAAAUGUCUCAGGGAAUAAUUUUUAAGUAUUAUUUAUUACGGCUAAAAUUUGUUUUUCUUCGCAUCGUCGUCACGAACUGCAAAAUAUUUUCAAGAAAAGAAAAGUCUUUGUAUGAUUUCUAAGAUUAUUUCAACCAUAAUAAUAAAAGACUUGAUUUCGACGAUUGCUUCUACCUCAUUUCAACUGCCACCCAAGGAAAGAAAACAAACUAAAUGGUUCUUAUUCAAAUUAAAAGAAAAAAAAACAUGAAUUAGAUUUUUAAAUUGAAAGAAAACUAUUCAGGAAAUAGGAGUUCAGGUUAUAUCUAUGUAAAACAUUAAAAGAAAAUAUUGACUAAUCAAAAUUACAUAAAAUAACUUGCGAUUUAAUUUUUUCUUUUAUUAUUUUUCAUUUAAAAACUCUUUCUGGAAAUUAAGUCAUAACUUUUGAUAUGGAAAGAGUCUAAACAAUUAAACAUCAAAGUACUAAUUGUAAUUGAUUUUUUGUUUUAUAUCAUUUCUAUCUUUAAAAUUUAAGCAAUGGAAUAUUAAUAAUUGGUCUUCCGAGAAUUCCAAUUCACUUCUAUUCUAUAUUUUCCUUAUGUUUUAUGUUUAAUGUUAUAUGUGAAUUAUAAUUUUUAUGUUUUCUCUAAGAAACCUAAUUUAAGUUCAAUUUUUUUUUCUUCUUAUGUUUAAGUUUUCUGUUAAGUUGUUAAGUUAAUGUAAAAAUAUUGAUAAAUAUAUUUUGAAAAAUACAUUGUAAAUUUUAAACAAAACAAUAAUUAAUUUUGGUUUUAUUAUUUAUCAU